CCCGUAAUCUCUCUCCAGAGCCAGAGCCUGCGGGAUGGCCACCCACAACUCGACCGGAGACCCCCAUGCCGCUCAGCCACAGCUGGAUGCCACCGACAUUAGUGUCAUCGCCUUGUACUUUGCCCUGAACAUGGCUGUGGGCAUAUGGUCCUCAUGCCGGGCCAGCAGGAACACAGUGAGAGGCUACUUCCUGGCAGGCCGGGACAUGACGUGGUGGCCGAUCGGAGCCUCCCUCUUUGCCAGCAGCGAGGGGUCCGGCCUCUUCAUCGGACUGGCAGGCUCAGGUGCAGCUGGAGGCUUGGCCGUGGCAGGCUUCGAGUGGAAUGCCACGUAUGUGCUGCUGGCCCUGGCCUGGGUGUUUGUGCCUAUCUACAUUUCUUCAGAGAUUGUCACCAUGCCCGAGUACAUGCAGAAGCGUUACGGAGGCCAGAGGAUACGCAUGUACCUGUCUGUCUUGUCCCUGCUGCUGUCCGUCUUCACCAAGAUAUCGAUCGACCUGUACGCAGGAGCUCUCUUCGUGCACAUCUGCCUGGGCUGGAACUUCUACCUGUCUACCACCAUCAUGCUCAUCGUCACUGCCCUGUACACCAUCGCAGGGGGCCUGGCCGCAGUGAUUUACACAGACGCCCUGCAGACGUUCAUUAUGGUGAUCGGGGCCAUCAUCCUUACGGUCAAAGCCUUCAACCAGAUCGGCGGGUAUGACCAACUGGAAGCGGCCUACGCUCAGGCCAUCCCAGCCAAGACCAUCCCCAACACGACCUGCCACCUGCCACGCUUGGACGCCAUGCACAUGUUCCGAGACCCCGCCACGGCCGACCUCCCGUGGACCGGGAUGACCUUCGGCCUGACCAUCAUGGCCACCUGGUACUGGUGCACAGACCAGGUUAUUGUGCAGCGGUCACUGUCUGCAAGGGAUCUGAACCACGCGAAGGCCGGCUCCAUCCUCGCAAGCUACCUCAAGAUGCUCCCCAUGGGCCUGAUGAUCAUGCCGGGCAUGAUCAGCCGUGCUCUGUAUCCAGAUGACGUGGGCUGUGUGGUACCCUCCGAGUGCCUGCGGGCUUGUGGGACCGAGAUCGGCUGCUCCAACAUUGCCUACCCCAAGCUGGUCAUUGAGCUGAUGCCCACAGGUCUGCGGGGGUUGAUGAUCGCAGCGAUGACCGCCGCACUCAUGUCGUCGCUGACCUCCAUCUUCAACAGCAGCAGCACGCUCUUCACCAUGGACAUUUGGCGGCGGCUGCGGCCCAGUGCCGGCGAGCGGGAGCUGCUGCUGGUGGGGCGGUUGGUCAUCGUGGUGCUCAUUGGGGUGAGCGUGGCCUGGAUCCCCAUCCUGCAGGGCUCCAACAGCGGGCAGCUCUUCAUCUACAUGCAAUCGGUGACCAGCUCCUUGGCUCCACCCGUGACCGCCGUCUUUGUCCUGGGCAUCUUCUGGCCGCGUGCCAAUGAACAGGGGGCCUUCUGGGGCCUGAUGGUGGGGCUGGCUGUGGGUGCGGCGAGGCUGGUCCUGGAGUUCCUGCACCCAGCCCCACCCUGCGGAGCCCCCUCCCCACAGCCAGCCCUCCUCAGCAGCUUCCACUACCUGCACUUCGCCAUCUCCCUCUUUGCGCUCAGCAGUGCUGUGGUGGUGGUCGGCAGCCUGCUGACACCAGCCCCCCAGGCAGCUCAGAUUGAGAAUCUCACCUGGUGGACCCUGUCUCAGGCCCUGCCCUCGGAAGCUAAAGCAGGUGACGGACAAACGCCCCAGAAGUACGCUUUCUGGGCCCGCGUCUGUGGCUUCAAUGCCAUUCUCCUAAUGUGUGUCAACGUCUUCUUCUAUGCCUACUUUGCUUGACGUGUCAGAAGGGUCCCGGCAGGUGCAGAGCCACCACCACCACCCCAACCCCCAAGCGAGUGAUGGAGACCUUAUAAGGCCACACAGCAGGCCAGGGCGGGAGCCUGGAAAACCAGGGGCCGCCGGGAGGAAGUAAAGAACGGGUCUUUCAAAACUGCACCAAAUGUCAUCCCGAUUGGAAAGAAAAGGAGAUGCUGAUGGAUAGCC